UGCUUUUAACAGGGACACCUGGCAGCCCCGGGCUCUGACGUAAUGACGCAGAGACGUGAAGUACUUUCGCUUUCUCAAGUUUUUCGGGAACAGAAACUCGAAGACAACCGCGAAGACGGAACCUAAAACCUACUGAUUUUUACACCACAGCUCCUCAACACAACACAAACAACAACGUGAGUUCAUGACAAAGUGUUUUGAGUUCAAGCGAGCGAGUCUUGGCUCGAACCGACUUGUGUUUUCUCAGGUAAAAAAACAGCUCAGCUAGCAAAGUUAGGUGCGACAUAGACCUCAGAUGGCUGCAGGACCCCCGGAGACCACCGGACUGGAAGAUGGACCAGAGGAGGACCUCGGAGGAAGACCAUAGUGACAGCUCGUGUUUCGCCUGUAUCCUGCUAAGCCACGGCGAGGAGGGCAUGAUCUACGGCACAGAUGGAGCCAUGCCCAUCAAGACCAUGACCUCGCUGUUCAGAGGGGGGGACAUGUGUAAAAAGCUUAGUGGGAAAGCCAAAACUCUUCUUCAUCCAGGCUUGUCGGGGUUCUGAAUUUGAUGAUGGUAUACAGACAGAUUCGGGUCCGCCAAACGACACCCUGGAGACAGAUGCUAAUCCAAGACAUAAGAUUCCCGUAGAGGCAGAUUUCCUCUUUGCCUACUCCACUGUUCCAG